AUGGUCGUAAUGCUGCUGGCUGUUGAGCUGCUUCGACAGUACAGUGAUAUCAAAGGUGGUCUUGUAUUUUACGACGACACAGACGAUGUACCAGACCAUGUGACGUUUGCGUACAAUUAUAUUCCAACAAUCCUGGGCUUGUCGUUGAUGACCCUCUGGUCUUUCACGGUCUACGAUGUCUUCCGUUUAGAGCCCUACUUUCAGCUAUCCAAAGAGCAGAUAUUUCCUGCCGACGUGCUUUCCGCUAAUUAUAUCUUUGGGCCUUUCAUAUCAGCGCCUUACUCUUCGGCGAGGAGAAAGCAUUGGGUGGUGUUUGGGGUGUCUAUCAUAAAUAUUCUCGUACAGCUACUGCUGCCCUCUACGCUGAGCGCUUUGCUGGACCUGGAUAGCGUCCCAAUGUCUUCUCCCGCGACGUUGAGAAGUUGGCCGGAACUGGUGGCGGUUGGAGAGCAAGCCGAAUGGAUAUCUUCGCAACGGAACAUGAGUCUAUAUUCUCUGACAAGGGGAGAUCUUGGAGAGACACCGUCGCGUCUCUCACACUUUGCCAUCCCACCAGUAGAACUCCCCUCCGAUGAUACACUCGCCACGGCUCGAUGGAAAGUUAAUCAUACCGUGUACUGGGCCGACCUUACAUGCUCCGAUUUGCCCGUCAGCAACUCACCCACGGCGAAUGUCACUGUGAGCAUCGGGGAAACCACUGCCGAUCAUUCUAAUUACUCUACCCUAACCUGUGCGCUUCAUGACGUGCGUCUGGCGUCACUUCCUGACCCUUCCCAGGACUGCACUUUAAAUGCGAACUACAGUGGUAUCUUCGACCUGACAGCUACUCCGAUACAAGCCCGACGCUGGGAGCUUGACACGAUCCCGUGUGCCCCACAAGAUGUAUACGGCUUUCUCCUCGACAUCGAGGCAACAGAUUCCGGUCGCUUAGUCGGACAGAGAGAAAGCCCCUCGGCACCAGUUGUAGUGACACCCAAGGCUCAGUUCUUCUCAUGUGACAUGCAGUAUUAUACGGCGAAGGCGGAGGUUUCCAUGCAGGCCAAUGGUUCGGUAGUCGCAAUUAUUGUCGAUAAGGACUCUAUAUCUGCUCUUGAUAGUUCGGAUUUGGAUAUAGCUGGAUUUAAAACAUUUCUCAAAAGCGGCAUCUGCCCUACGGGAAAUGUUUGCCCCUCUGGCAAUGGAACGUUGACAAACCAUUCUCUUGGUCAAUGUGACCUAGGCAUAGGAGGGUAUAUGCCCCUGUGCUCUACAUCUGUGCAGUACUCGCAGGUUCCCAUCUCCGGGGACAAAUUCAUGUCCAAAAUCCGUACGGAUAUGAAGCUCGGUUUUGCGCGUUUGCUGAGCCGCCUCUUCAAUACAAAUGCAGCGUAUACUCCUGUUCAAGGCGUCGGCACAACUGACCAAGUGGCUGUCCUGGUCAUUACCUCCCCUGCAAUUGCGUCCGAGAUAAUCCUUCUCCUUGGGGCAGUCACGUGUGUCUUCCUUGCUGUUUUCUACCGGUCGCGCGAGAACAUACUCAAGAGUGACCCCGGCUCGAUCGCGGCUAUGUGCAGCAUCGUGGCAGACAUAUUCAACCCAGCUGGUGUUCAGGCGAUUGCCAAGUACACUGACCAAUCCACCGCGCGACAACUGAAUCGCAAGCUGCGUGCCUGGCAAUGCUACUGGUAUCCAGAGCCAUCAGGUCGAAAACUGGGGUUCCUUCCCGGAGAAGCCCCGCCCAGAACACUCCGUGAGAAAGUUCUAUCAAACAAACCAGCGAGUAGGAAAGCACCACGCCCAGAUCCCAGCCUUCAUUUCUUAUCGAAACCCAUAUUUGUCGCUGAGCUUCUAGGCUUGUUAGCGGUUAUCUGUUUCAUGGCAGUAUUGUUCGUUCUGUGUUCAACAGAUCGCCGCCUCCGACGCCUCUCAGAUAGUGCAUCAGAUCGACUCUCUAUUGCUUUGAACAUCAUACCGUCUCUUAUCGCGUCGAUCUUGCGAGCUUUGUUCAAUUCGAUCUACUUGCAUCUGGGCAUACUAGAGCCGUGGAUUCAUCUCCAAAAAGGCGGGGUAGACGCGAGAAAUUCCCUGCUGCUCAAUCUGUCCUCCCAAAGUCCAAUUACCGUGUUUUUCCGGUCUAUGCGCUCCCGCUCCUUCGUGCUCAGCCUGGUCUCACUGUGCUGCAUCAUCAACACCGGCCUUCCAGCCGUUCUGGGCGCGCUAUUUACCCAAAGCCGCACGACAGCAGCCUGGCCUACGCAGGCUGUGGAAUUACGCUACGACCGUUCUACUAUUCUCAAUUCCAGUACCAUCCCUACCCUCUUCCAAUACGGUCCUAUUGAAUCAACCCUGUUAAAUUCGAUUUCGUUGCUUCCGUGGACAUCGCCGGAUUAUUCAUUUGUUCCAUUCGCAGUUCGUACGAAUAAGAUGGAUAAUACAUACCAAGCUGUGACGCUGGGUAUUGGGGCUGAUUUGAACUGUCAUCUUGUUCCGUUUACUCAUGCUCUCUCGAACGAUGAGUACGAUGAGGAUUCGAGUAUCCCCAACCUUACCACUAGAGAUACUGAGAAUGGGGAGCGUGUGCCAUCUAUCAUUCGUGACAACGCAAGCGAACCAUAUUCAGUCCAGCUACUAGCACCGAGUGGAGCGACUGAUAAUGGCACGCUGACUGUUCUUCUAACCCUUCACUCGAGCUCUAGCCCAGACUUCUAUUCGAAACUCGCUUUGCAAUGCCAUUCUAUUCCAAGAAUACAAAAUUUUACAAUUGGAUUUGAUCCCAGUGGGAUACUACAGUAUUAUUAUCCAAUCGACAGCGCAUUCACGAGCGGGCAACUAGUAGACAAUGUGACAUCGAACGUGGCAAACUACCACCAACACUUUCUCGCUUCAAUCCAGAACACCUCUGGAAAGGGCGCCGUUGAUGAGCCCAAGUUAUUCCCGUCCGACUGGCCCGGUUCCCUGAUCAAGAUGCUGUACGAAAAUGGGAACUCCCAACUGACAAUUAUCGACCCGGACCGUCUCGCUGAUGCAACACAACAAGUCUACCAAUGGCUUUUCGCAGCAUAUUUCAGCCUUCAGAAAGACAUGUACCUCAAACCCCUACCCGAACCGAUAAUGGACAACAAUGCCCAAAUUAUGCGACCCACAUGGGCCAUAGCCCGGUCCCUUUCAUCAUUCAUCGUCGCCCUGAUCAUGGUAUCGUCCAUGGUCAUUGCCCUCGUCCUCGUGUUCAUCACGCGAUACGGCAAGUUCAAGGGGCCCCGAGUCCCGCGGUCACUUGGCUCUGUGCUUGUCUGGCUUACCGACAGCCCCAUCCUCCCUAGUUUCUACGGUACCCAUGACUGGACCACUGCUGCUCGUCGGGAUUACCUGAUCGGGCUCGAUAAAAGGUAUAUUUUCCGGAUGGUCACCACACCAACCGGAGAACAGAAAUGGGUUAUCGAAGAGGAUCGGGCUGAAAAGGCUGGGUGA